CCGGCCCGGCCCGGCGGGCGGGAGCAUGGAGCGGCGCGGGGGCCGGCAGCAGGAUUCUGGAGAUAGUGUUACUGAACUCAGGGAAUGGAGACCGGUCAUCUACAGAAAGUGCACAGACACUCUCUGGUUGCUCCUCUUCUUUCUUUUCUGGGCUGGUUUGAUGUUUAUAACUGGCUAUGCCGUGAUGGCUGGUGCCGCAGAAAGGCUUGUGCUUGGAUAUGACAGCUUCGGGAACAUAUGUGGUAGGAAGAACACACCUGUAAAAGGGGCACCCCUUUCUGGACAGGACAUGACUAAUAAAAAGUAUGUGUUCUUUCUGAAUUCAUGCAGCCUGGAAAUGCAAAGCCUCAAAAUCAGUUCACUUUCCUUGUGCGUGUCUAGUUGUCCACAAGAGCAACUCAACUCUUUGGAAGACCUCCAGAGUUUUGCAAGGAAUAAUGGUUCUUGUCUUUGCGUUUACAACCUGAACAUUUCCAGUUACACGCUAAAUCCAAAGGCAGCUGAGCUCUGUCCCACACUGCCAGUUCCACCAAGUAAAUCUUUUCCAUUAUUUAAUCGAUGUGUUCCACAAAAUCCUGAAUGCUAUUCCAAAUAUGCAUCUGUCUUAAUAAGUAUGGUUAAUGAAAUGGAUGUUUUUCACCGAGUUCUGAGUGCAAUAUUGGCAGGAAGAGAUACUGUGAUAGGACUGAGUGUCCUUGCACUAGCCUUCUCUUUUAUACUGGUUUUAGCCUUCAGAUUCAUUCGGACACUUCUGGUCCAUACUUUGAUUGCACUGGUUGUAUUUGGGUUGUUAUUUGUCUCAGGUGUUCUCUGGUGGCUCUAUUAUGACUACAGGAACGAUCCCAGCACGGAAUUGGAAACAGAAAAGGAAAAUGCAAAGUUUCUACUUGGAUAUGCUAUCUUCUCAACAAUAGUUACCGUUGUUCUCCUUUCCCUUAUACUUGUACUAAGAAAGAGGCUUCAGUUCACUGUACAGCUCUUUCGAAUUGUUGGUAAAAUCAUUGGCAGAAUUCCUUUGCUCCUCUUCCAACCACUCUGGACCUUUCUGAUUCUCAUUGUGUUCUGGGUAUUUUGGGUUGCUGUACUGCUUAGCUUAGGAACUGCAGGUACUGCACAGACUACUUCAGGAGGACAAGUAGAAUACAGAGCUCUGUCUGGAAUUUGCUACAUGGCAUGGUAUCAUUUUGUUGGCCUUAUCUGGACUAGUGAAUUCAUUCUUGCCUGUCAGGAAAUGACAAUUGCUGGGGCAGUGGUUACCUGUUACUUCAACAGAAAUAAAAAUAGCCCACCACCUCACCCAGUCCUGUCUUCCAUCUCAGUUCUUUUUUGCUAUCAUCUAGGAACUGCUAUAAAAGGCGCGUUUCUAGUCACAAUACUGAGAAUACCAAGGAUUGUUCUUUUGUACCUUUAUAAUAUCCUAAAACAAAAGGAGAGUGCAUGUGCAAAGUGCCUGUUCAAGUGCUGUUUCUGCUGGUUUUGGUGCCAGGAAAAUUGCUUGAGAUACUUUAACCAGCAUGCAUACACAACUACAGCCGUAAAUGGGACAAAUUUUUGUACGUCAGGAAAGGAUGCUGUCUUUAUGUUGGCAAAGAAUUCUGCUAAACUUGCAUCCAUUAGCUGUUUUGGAGAUUUUAUCCUAUUUCUAGGAAAGGUGUUUGUUGUAUGUUUUACUGUUUUUGGAGGAUUGAUGGCAUUUAACUACCAUCGGGAGUUGCAAGCUUGGGUAGUUCCUCUGUUGCUGGUUGGAUUUUUUGCCUACAUGAUGUCCCACAGCUUUCUGUCUGUGUUUGAAGUGACAGCGGAUGCCGUGUUCCUUUGCUUUGCUAUUGAUAUGGAGACAAAUGAUGGAUCUGCAGAGAAGCCAUACUUUGUGGAUCAGGAACUGCUGGUAAACCCCAGUGCUAACAGCAAAGAUACUUGAGGCAUUCUAAGCUUUUGGGGACUUUUUCUUUCCCCAAGACAUAGUAUUAGAAAAUAUAAAUGAAUAGAUGAGCUAGCUGCAGAGACCAAUCCAUGGGGUGCCCUAAGAUUAGACGUUGUGUUGUGCCUUACUGUACAGCGAAGAGCAAAAGUAAACAAGGAGCUUCUUGUUGCCAGCAAGCAGGUCAGGUAUCCGUCUACAUCCUAUGGAUGCUGUAGUUCUGAACAAACUUCAUGCAAACUCGUGAUAUUCUGCUUCAUACCUAUACAGAUUCUUUUGCCAAAAUACUGUCUUCUGUCACUUGAUUGAAUUCUUCUGCCUCUGGGCUGAUUGUUCUGUGUCUUUACCCUCAUAAUUACUGUAUUGUAUUACAAGCAUUUCCAUGGAGAAUCAUUACAUAGCUAAUAGUGAUGGAGAGCUUUACUUAAUAGCUGUAUCUGAAGCAUUUGAAUGUAUAUAUGCCAUCCCUUUCAUAUUAAGAGAAUAUCUGAAGAUGCAGAUGUUUUUUCCUUUUAUGCUACUUUUGCCGGUUCUGUCUUUUCCUUCAUAAACCAUGCAACAAAGAAAAUCUUAGUGAUUCAUGAAAAACAAACUCAGCAGCCAGAAUAGCUCAUAUGAUACGAAUGUUCUGGAUGGAUUUCUUCAGGACAGUGUCAGAAGAACUGGUGGGUUUUUUGUUUUUUGUUUUUUGGGUUUUUUUUUAAUGCUGCUGUUGGGUUCCCUGCAAUGUUCAUAGAGUUUUGUUGAAAACAAAAAACAACACAAAGGCAGCCUAAAGAUAGGCUUAACCCUUUGUACAGAAGAAAGCAGAUAGAUAUUCUUUGGCUUUGACUCAGAACAGUACUUAAGCAUAUGUUCCGAAUAGGUUACUGAAUGGAAAACUCUGAAGCCUUGACCUCUGUUCUUCUCCCUCUGUUUUGCCAAAUGUUAAAAUACUUAAGCCAAUUCUCCUUCAUGAAACAAACAGAGGCUUUCCUUUCUCCACUUCCAAACUUUGUGGUAGUUUCUCUUUAACUCUGGUUUUAAUCCUUGUAAUUAGCCAUGCCCUAGGGCCUUGGGUGAAGAGAGGAUUUCCCACAGGGGUAAGGAGCCUUCCAAGCAGGACAGGCUGUGUAACCUUGUUUGGAAAAACUGGGGGCAGCGCAUCCAAACUCCUCCUCAUUGCAUGAUCAAGAGUAAGUUUACUCACAUAGCCAAGAACUUGGAGUUUCCCAAUACAUGAAGGCAUUUGACUUCGGACAUCUGUGUUACUGUCAGGUUACAAACAUCUGGGGGUGGAAGGCAGGCUCUGUGGCCCUCAGGACAAUAUGUAGCAGUGGGCAGAGAGCUGGGUGAGGGAUUUCAGACAGCCAGAGUCCUCAUUCCUGUAGUAGGAGAUGUAACAGAGAUUCUUGAUUCAUCCUUCUCUGUUGCAUUCAUCACCCUUGCUGCCUCUGCAGAGUCCCUCCCAGUAUCACUCAGUGUCAUCCAGCUAGGAACCAGCUACAGUUUCUUAGCCUUGACCUAAUUAUCUUCCUUUACCAGGUGUAUUUAUUUACAUAAUGGUUUGCAUUCCCAAAUAAUCUCACCCUGGUUUUUGC